AUGGCUAAUAAUCUGUCACUGCGUAGCAUCUUGGAUGCAAACAAACUCACUGGCCGAAACUUCCCCGAUUGGUUUCGGAACCUCAAGAUCGUCUUGAAACAGGAGAAGAAAUCCUAUGUCCUUGACACUCCUAUUCCACCAGUCCCUGCUACUGAUGCUAGUGCUGAGGAUAAGGAAGCAUAUCAACGUCAUAAGGAUGACGGUGAUCAGGCAGCAUGUGUGAUGCUAGCCAGUAUGACCCCUGAGCUCCAAAAGCAACAUGAACAUAUGAAUGUCCAAUCCAUGAGUCUUCACCUUAGAGAACUGUUCGAUAAGGAGGGGCGCACUGAGGGAUAUGAGAUCUCUAAAGAACUAUUCCGAUGCAAGAUGGCAGAAGGCAGUUCUAUUAGACCCCAUGUGCUGAAGAUGAUUGGACUCAUCGAAAGACUUGGACAAUUGGGAUUAGCAAUGGAUCAUGAGCUAAACACAACAGAGAGGUCCAUCAGGAAAGAUAAGGAAUCAUUGCUUCUUGUUUCUUCUUCCAAGGCUUAUACGAAGCAACAGAAGAAGAAAGCCCAAAAAGGGAAGAAGGUAAAAUCCCAAAAUGAGGAGGCCUUGAAGCCUAAGGGAAAUGUGAAAAAAGUCAAAGAAAAGGAUAUUUGCCAUCAUUGUGGCAAACUUGGACAUUGGAGGAGGAACUGCAAGGAGUACCUAGCUACUGUGAGCAAAAAAAAGAAGCUUAUUGAAGUUUCUGAUUCAGGGACCAAAGAUAAAGAUAAGUAG